UUCAAAUCUUCGCACGUCUUUUAAUUGAAGCGAAAAUUAAAAUUCUUAAUAAAACAUGGAGAGAAAUUGAAGCUGUGAUUUUUGGUGAUAUUUUAAUAAAUGGAUCAAAACACUUAUUAUUAUUAAAGAAUACUUCAUUUGAUAAGUGGCAAGAAGAUUGUAUUUUGUCUGAUAUAUCAGAUUAUGUUGCUGUAGAUUAUGUUGCUGAAACUAAAGAAACUGAAUGUUCUUUGAACAGAGCAAUGCCUGGUAUUCAAGCUAAAAUAUUGGCAGGAAAGUCAGCAAUUACAAAUACCAGAUCCAAUAUUGAAAAGAAAAUGGAAGCAACUCUUGCAUCUUUGCAUAGACUAAAUGCUUCUGCGUUGGUGAAUCCACAGAUUGACCAUCAUAUAUCCUCAUUCCGAGAAUCAUUGGUUGACAUAAUUCUAAGCAAAGACGAAGUCAACCAAUCAAAAAAGAUGGAUGAAAAUGGAGUUAAGCUGAGCAUUCAGAAGCAUUGGAAACAAUUAUAUCAUAACUAUUGCAUACUGAAUUGGACCUUUAAAAAUAAUGAUGAAAGAAUAAUUUAUAAUCCUGUACUAAGUGUGAGGAUUUCCAAUCAUCAUAUACAAUGUUUUCAAAGAAUAUUUGUUCAUAAAUCUCAUACAUUUUCCAUUGAAGAUGAAUUUCAAAAACAAAUUAAUCCCAAGGAAAACUUUACCAUUAUAGUAAGCUUUGAAAUUCCCGAAUUUUUCUGUGAAAUCUUAGCUGUCGAUGGUAUUUUAUCUUGGUAUGUUGGAACAAGUGCUGAGUUUGAAAAUGAACUAUAUUUACCUUUGAAAGAAAAGAUACUGACUCAGCAACAAAUGUGUUUACAGACAAGUAUAUCUUCGGAUGAGAUUUUCAAUUCAAAAUUGAAAGAUAUUUCUACUUAUGAAGAUUUAAUAUCUAUAAAGAUUUUGCAACAAAGGAUUGUCUUUAUUAUCUUUAGUUUGGUGACAGAUCUAUGUAAAUUUGAAGAUCUUGUUAUGUCUUCUUCAUAUGCUGCCAAUCACUUACUUCUUCUAUUAUCUUCGGAUACAAAAAUUUUGGUUUUUAAUAAGGCUGAGGGGCCUUUAUAUGGCACACAUAUUGCAUUUAAAACUGUGAAUGAAACUUCAAUAGAAGUUGAAGUUUAUGCUAGAAAUGAAAAAGAAAUUGCAUUAGUUGAAAAGUAUUUAUAUCAAAUAUUACCUUCAGAUAUAUUAAUUCUUGCCAAUGGAAUUUCAACUAAUGAAAGCAUUCAAUUGAAACAACAGGCAGUAUGCUGCAUGAAAGAUGAACUUGAUUUAUUACUUUCUAUGUUAAAUAUACAUAAUGUGCAAGAACCAGUUGAAAAAUAUGGUGUUCAACCUGGUUCUGUAAUAAUAUCAAAAGAAAAUUUUCUAAGAAUAAGAAAAGUGCUUCUUAAAAAAGAAUGCAGAACUGAUAAUAUUAUGCAAAUAUUAAGUAGAAUAAAUUUCUUCAGAAAAAUUGAGUAA